GAAGGCUGCGGAGCGAGAGCCGCGCCUGCGGAGGGGACCCAGGGGCUGACCGCAGAGAGCGCGGGGUCCUGGAGACAAGAGGGAGGGGAGGGCAGCUUGGGCCGAAGUCGUUGGCUUCAUAAGGCCAGGGUCUAUGGGAAGCCACCUCAGCGUGGGUUCUUGGAAGAGGUGGAAUUUGGAGAGGCUUAUGCGGUACCUGAUUCAUCCAGCAAAUUAAGACCUGCCAACUUUUUGGUAAUCUGGUCAAUAAAUUACAGAACAAUUGUUCCUUUCAAGAUUUAUUCAAAACGUAUCAACUCUGCUUAAUUAAGCACUCUGAUGAUUUAAGAACUCUUGGAAAUCCUUUUGUACUAUUGCUCAUUCAUACUUGUUCAUCAAAGCCUGGAUUCUUUAAGGACAGAAUUUACCUCUAAACAGAAAGAUGGAAACUAACAUACAUUUUUUCUGCCAGGCAGAGGAAAAUAUUGACUUCUUAGAUGAUGGCUCUAAUUCUUUUGCAACUGGCUUGCCAUCAGGAACUAUUAACCACAAGAAAUACAUCAAGUUUUCUAAAACAAUAGAGAAGAAAAUUUCACCGGAAGUUAGGAGUUUGAGCCCAGAAUAUAAAAAAAUAUUUGAAACGUCAGUAUUCCUUUGUGGAGAAGAAAAGUCCUCUGAUUUUUCAGUAGGAAAAAAAGGUGGGAGAAAGAGUUUACAAGUACAACAGCACAGUAAAAGAACUGAGAUUAUCCCUCCUUUUCUGAAGCUGUCAAAGGAGAAGGUAACUAGGAAAGAAAACUCUUUAUGCAAGUUGCCGAAUCAGUACAGCCUUCACAAGACUUCAUCACCUCUUUGUACAUCUUCCGCAAUUACUCGGGAAAAGGAAAUGCUAUCUAACCUCUACAUGACAUUAUAUGAUGAAGUAACCCAUGGAUAUUUAUACUCACAAGAAUUAAGUGGUAACCACAUGGUGGAUAUUGGGGAUAUUAUAUUUAUUUUGAAUGAGCUACAGGAACAGUAUGAGGAUGUUCCAAUUACAGAAGAAUCACCUUUGGAUGAAAUUACUUCAGACAGAAAGUUAUCAAGUAUAGCAGGAUGCUAUCUAAAAUAUAAGAAGAAAAACAGUUUAUCUUCCAAACUCCCUGAACCUUCAAUAUCCAAAAAGUUAAAUAACAAAAGCAACCAAUAUUAUAGCAAAAUUAUGGAGAACGAUGACCUUGAAUCUAAAAGAUCAAAAAAUACUUGGCAAAUAAGAAAAUUUCUGGAUGGGGUCAGCAGCAGUAAUGUAGGAGUCCAAGAACCAUAUUCAAAGAAUGGCAUAAACUUUAAAAAACAUUCAGAGAAGGGUGAAAUUCAUGACUCAAAGUCUAAACCACAAAACUUGAAGAGUAGUACAAGCCUCAGUAAGUCGCUGGAUAAAAGUGAUAUUUCUAGUAUCCCAAAACUUCAGAAGCCAACUGUAAGAAAGCAUUCCAGCCUCCUAAAGCAGGUUUCGUCUACAGAAAAAACUGCAAUUAAUACUCUGGAAAACUUCUGUGAAGCUAUCAGUAAACUUCAAGAAAAUUACAUUUCAGCAGAAGGACUUCAGUCUAUUUUGCCUUCAGUAGGAAUUACUUUAUUAGAUAAAGAAUUCCAGAAGAUUGUGACAGACACUAGUAGAAAUGAGAAUGGAAUGGUGGAGUUAGAUGACUUUAUAAGUACUCUCGCCAACGAGCAAAGUUUUCCUGAAUGCAAUGCAUUGCCUGGUGUCAUUAAAGCCAUUGAUAAAAUUAAAGAUAAAAAUGUGGAUUAUGAGGAUCUAAAUACUUGUCUUCAAAAUUUUGGUAUUUACCUUUCUAAGCCAGAAUUUAAGAAGAUCACAGAAUUGACUGAAGCUGGUGAAACAAAAAAAGUGAAUUUUAAAGAAUUCAUUGAUACUAUGAUGAGCAACACGGAAUGCUUCUCUGAAAAAUUAUUAUUGCCUGAUGCCAUUGAAACCCUCGACAAUCUCAGAAAGGAGACGAUGAGUGUUUCUGACCUGUGGAAUAUUCUGUCUAGUUUGAAUAGUAAUUUAAAAAAGGAUGAAUUUCUAGCUGCAUUGAAACUAGUUACAGUUGAUGAAGGUGACAAAGUACAAUUUGAAGAAUUUGCACAAGUAGUAAGGAAUAUGCGUGAUGCUGCCAGGUUAGAAGAGUUACAGGAAGUUGUCUUAGCUGCUGAUUUGCUUGAAGGUGACAUGAUAGCUGAGGAGAACUUGGAAGACUUUCUAAGAAAUAUUGGGAUUAAGUCACCUAAAGAAGAGGUAGAGAAAAUUCUUCAAUCAGAUUUUGUUUCUGAAGAUAACAUGGUGAACAUUAAAGACUGUAUGAGGGCUUUGAGGGACACCCAGAAAUUUUCCAAUUAUAUUGAUUUUGGGAAAGAGGCUUCAAAUCUAAAAUUACCAAAGGUGAACGAGAUUAAAGAAGUUGCUAACAUCUUGUCACAUGUUGAUAAUGGCAAGAUUGGUGUACCUGAUUUGGAGCAUGCCUUGAAAUGUUUGAAUGUUAAUUUAACUGAGGAGGACUUCAAUGGAGCCCUUAACUGUUGUAACGUCAGUGAUAAUAUGGAGGUGGAUUUAAAAGAUUUCUUAAUUAAAAUGAAAGAAAGUCCACAUUUCCAAAAGUCCAAAGCUACACAGAUACUCUUAGCUGCUACCCAAAUUCUCCAGAAUGAUCUAAUUGAUGUCUCUGACCUCAAGACGUUAUUGAUGGACAAGGACCUUCAUACAGCUAAUGCUAUACUUUCUGUAAUGUUAAGACAUGUACCUGAACAUGGUUAGUAGUUUCAAUGCAUCUAUCUUAUAAGGACCAUCCUCUACCAGAGGGGUGGAAGGUCUAUGGGUAGGACACACAGGGAUGGGGGGUAUCCAGUGGAAGCUGAAGUGGGAUGACUGCUGGACACUGGUACUGCCCCUACAGGUGUGCCAACCCUGAGCUUCAUUGAGCCAAACAAAUGGGGAAGUCAGAGCUCAUCUUAUCCCUGUGUGAGUCCACUGAUGGUACCUAGAGGGUGAGAUUAUUUUGUGAACUGACUGACAUGGGCAGUGGUCAAUCAGAAUGCGACAUGUAGAGUAAAACGGGGUCCUGGAGGCCCUUUUGGUUUUUGGAAGGUGAAUUAUGGUGAUAUCCAGGGAUACUGUGGGGUGUUACACAUAGUGGUGGCUCAGGGCAGCAGAUAUCUAUAAAUAUAAAAAAUAAAUUUACUAUUUUAAUGACAGGUAUAGCUGAAUAUUAUCCAUGAUGGGUUCUUAAAAUGAGUUGGGGAGUAUUCUUUUUUUUAUGUUUUUUAGAAGAGACUUUUUUCUUCCUUGAAUGUUGAGUAGAAUUCAUGAAGCCAUGUUGGCCAAGAGUUCUUUUUGUGAAAGGCUUUGGAUUAUUUAUUUAAUGUCUUUAAAUGAAUAGGAUUAACAAGGUAUUUUAUUUUCUUGUUAGUUUUGGCAAGCUGUGCUUUUAGAGGAAUUUGUUCAUUAGAUCUGCCUUUUCAAAUGUAUUGAAUAAAGUUGUUCUCUUUUUGACAUCUGA